AUGGGAACCGUACUGUCCAUCUCCCCGGCCUCCAAGAAGGCUUCCAUCAUGGACGUGGAGUCGGGGGACGCGCACAGCAAAGGCGACAAGAGCCUCAAGAAGCACUCCAUGUUUGUGUCUUUGUCGUGGAAAAAGCUGGUGGCCAACCCGGCGAAGAAAAACGCCAAGAAGGUGACUCCGAGCUCGGUAGUGCCAUGCAGUCAGGUGGCGCAUCUGAACAAUGAGAACGCGAGAAAGACUCACCAGAACGAGGAGAAGAAAUCCAAAGCUCCCAUCCCGGUCCCAGUGCCCACAGUUCCCGUGACCAGCGAGCAGAAGGGGAGACUUGGUUGCGUGCAGACCCAGCCAAGCUCGCUGUCAUUGCUGUCUCCAAGACGCAUUGUCAUCCAAGCCUCCACGGGGGAGCUACUGCGAUGCCUGGCAGACUUUAUAUGUCGCAGAUGCUACAAAUUGAAGGAGUUGAACACGGGGGAAGUGAUAAUGUGGUUUCGCAACAUCGAUCGGACACUGUUGCUUCAGGGCUGGCAGGAUCAGGGCUUCAUUACACCAGCCAACGUGGUAUUCGUGUAUCUACUGUGCGAAGACGCCAUAGAAGACUGCGUGGAGAGCGCGGUGGUUCUGCAGGGCACGUUCCAGACUUGCCUCUACCUGGCGUAUUCCUACAUGGGCAACGAGAUCUCCUACCCGCUCAAGCCGUUCAUGAGCGAGGCCAACAAGGACGUGUUCUGGGAGACGUCCUUGCGCAUAAUCAACCGGAUGAGUGCCAAAAUGCUGAAGCUCAACGCGGACCCGCAUUUCUUCACGGAGGUUUUCCAGGAGCUGAAAAACCAACGCGAGACGAACGAGGCCAGUUUGGAUCGCUGA